AUGCAAGAAUUGUGUGAUGAACUGGGGAUAAAAAAGGAUUUAUCAACGCCUCAUCAUCCGCAAGCAAAUGAACAAAUUGAGGCAGUAAACAAAACUAUCAAGCAUACCCUAAAAAGAAAGCUUGACACCUCAAAGGGGGCUUGGGUCGAUAAGCUUCCCCACGUCCUCUGGGCCAUCAGAACCAUAAGCCGAACUGCAACAAGAGAAACAUCAUUCUCAAUGACCUACGGAGCCGAGGCCAUGAGCCCGAUCGAGGUCGGGGUCCCAUCGCACCGUCGAAUACACUUCAACGAGAUCAGUAACGACGAAGCCCAAGUGAACGAACUACACCUCCUUGAAGAAAGGAGGGAUACCUCCCAGGAGAAUUUGGCAAAGUAUCAUAGGAAGAUCGACCCUCAAGUUCUCACGAAUCACGGUAAUCCUGCGGGACUGACAGAAGCACCCUCGUCGCUAAAUCCGAGGCGAAAGGCACUCCGGGGACCUCGGUCAGAGGAUCCGCCGCCAAUUUCAGAAUAA